AUGUUUUUCAACACGCUUGUUGUGCUUCUCACCAGCUUUGGGCUCUCAGUUGGUCCAUCACUUGCAGCUGUAAGAGACCAGGACCCUAGCUGGCACCAAUAUGCCAGGUCUCCCGUUUCCAAGAUUGUCAAGCCAGUUGCGAUUGUUGCGGACAGUAUCAUUGGCAAUGUUUCCAACCCAACUGGGUUGCUUGAUGGCCAAGGCGCGACUGUGCUGAGUCGGAGCGAUCAAGAUGACCUGCUGCCCGCAAUAGUGGUGGACUUUGGGCAGAAUGUAGUCGGCAUCCUCAGUCUAGAAUUCAGUGGAUCGCAGAAUAUGUCUACUGGACUGCCGGGGCUUAAAUUGGCGUUUUCUGAGACGAUGGAGUAUCUCACAAACCGGAGCGACUUCACGAGGUCUGACAAUGCCAGCGGGAAUGAGAAAUUGACCAAUGGAACAGACCAGGUGGCUGUCAAGAACGCAUCUUAUACUUGGACAGACUUUAAUGGGUGUCAAGAAGAUACCAAAGUCUGCUCAGAUGGACUCCACGGCUUCCGGUAUGUCAAAAUCUGGCUCGAAGCCCUGCCAUCAGAUGCGCCGUACACGUCCUCCUUUGGCUCUGUUUCUAUCUCCGGCAUGAGUCUCGAGUGGUCUGCAUAUCUGGGGACAGCAGAUACGUUCACAGGUUGGUUCGAGUGCUCGGAUCAAGAGCUUACGCAAUGGUGGUAUGACGGAGUCUACACGGUUGAUCUGGGUACGGAUACGUUCUUUGCCAACGAGACGGAGCCCAGAGGAGCUUCCAGUCCGACCUUGGAGGGCAAGCAAGUGCUCUUCGAUGGGGCCAAACGUGACAGGGACCCGUACGUUGGCGACUUGGCUGUUGCGGCACUGACUUCGUAUCUGUCUCAAGAUUUUGCCGAGCCGACGCGCAAUGUGUUGGAGGAUCUGGCGCGGCAUCAACGCGAUGAUGGAUGGAUACCCCCGGCAAGCAUCGUUGAUUUGGUCCUGUACACCGGCAACACUUCAUAUGCAGACGCAUACUGGAAUACGCUCGCCAAAGUGCUUGACGGCUACUACCCUUCCAAUACAGAUAACACAACUGGGCUUCUGGAUAAUAAUGCAGACACGGGCUACGGUGACUACGCAUUCCUGCCUCGAUCUGGGCCAGUCACUUACUACAACGCCCUGUACGUCCACGCUCUGUCGUAUGCCUCGCAGCUAGCGAAGAGCCUUGGCCAAGAAGACGAUGCCGCGAGAUGGUCCUCUAGAGCUGCUGCGGUCGGCGAAGCGCUUUUGACUCAUAACCUCGACGAGAGCAUCGGGGCGUUUUAUGAUGGCGGACCAUGUCCUGGAGGAGCAGCAGGCACCGUUUGCGAUGUUCACGCACAGGAUGGAAAUGCCAUUGCCAUUCUUGCGGGUGUCACAAAUGAGACGACUUCGGCUGGUAUUCUGGACUAUUGGCAGACUGCGACUUCUCAAGUAUACGGAAACGCAUUCUACGACAGCAGCGUCUUAAGCCCAGGAGACAACUUCGACCAGCGUGUCUACGCUUUCAUUUCCUACUUUGAGAUUGCUGCCCGUUUCGCCACUCCUGGACAGUCUGCCUCUGCUUUCGACGAGAUUCGAAGGCUGUAUGGGUGGAUGGCUACUCACGAUCCUGGAAUCACCAUGUGGGAGGGCAUUGGACCGAACGGGUCAGCUUAUGAGGGUGCGUUUACUUCCAUGGCCCAUGGCUGGUCAACGGGGAUUGUGCCCUUGUUGACCGGCCAUCUGCUUGGAGUUAAGCCCACAUCGCCGGGAUUCAAGACGUGGAGGAUCUGUCCUGUGGUAGAAGGAGGUGAUUUGACAUGGGCUAGGGGGGAGGUGCCAACGCCAGGAGGAGUGAUUAGAGUCGCAUGGGAGAUGGAAGAUGCACAAUCCGGGCCGGUGCUUGUGCUGGAGGUUCAGACGCCCCAAGGGUCUUCUGGCACGGUAUGUGUUCCCACUUUGGGGCUGACGGAUCCAAAGGUCAACCUGGAUGGGAGUCCGAUUACGUUUCCCCCGGGCCAAACUCUGGUGACUGUCAAUAUUUCUGGAGGCAAGCAUAACUUUACGGUUGAAUCCUGA